GGAAGGAAAGAGACUUGUUUGCUGAAUAUGGAAGCCAUGGUGCAGUAGAUGUCAGGCUCAUAGAUGGUGAAGUCAAGGUAUUAGCCCAGAAGUUGCACCAGGUAGAUGUGCAUUUAAAAAGCAGUCAACCAUCUGUCCCAUUUACCCCACCCAAUUUUGUCCCAUGCCCUUGGUCAGAUAGAUGUAUGGGAGACCUGCAUAAUAAAAGGAAACAAUUAGCAGAAUUAUAUUACAGAAUUAAAAGUCAUCAAGGCAAUGUGAAACAUAGUGAAACAAGAUGGACUGAUUUGAAAAAUAGUUUGAAAAGAUUGCAGUGCAUUAAAGAGAGCGAGGAAGAAUCCAGUUCUGACAUAGAUUUAUUGGAGGCAUUCAUGCUGGUGCCUAAGUCUCUAAGACAGUUGAUUUCUGAUGUGAAACAGUGUAAAGCAUACACGCAGUUACCAGUGGUUAAUUCAGCAUACACUGGUGGUUGUCUUGCAUUCUGCACUCAGGGCGAAAGAAAUUUGGGGACAUUGAUAUACCUCAGUGGGCAAAGAUUAGAAAACAUAGUUUUUGAUCAAGUUUCUGUAGAAAACAGUGGGAUCAAAAGAACAUGUCAGAGUUCACAUGUUCAAGUGAGUGGAGUUGUCCGUGAAAUUGCUUCGUACAAUUUUCAGUGUGCUGUGAGGACAGAAAAUGAGGUGCAGAUAUUUUCUGCAGAUAACAAUUAUGGUGUAUGGGAGAGAAAGCAUGGACUAAAAUUAACAGAUGAUCCCUCAUCAAUUGCUCUUAGUCCUUUCAUAAAAGGGGAUGUUCUGGUUGCCAAUAGGCUUGGCACUGUGAGAUUAUGGACGUGUGGACAUCAACCUAAGGUUGUCUGUGAGGAAGUUGGUACCAGAUUCAGUUGUAAUGAAUCCUGGAGGCAGUGUCAUUUUGGUGCUCAUCCAAGACUUGGAGUUCUGGCAGAUAGAAGUGGUGUGGGGAUGUUUGACAUGAGUUUCAGAGUUCAGAAUUGCCAAGAUGUAAAUGACCUGUUUGUGUUGCCCAGUAAACACCUCAGUGUAAAAGAGAGGGUGAUGGCAACUAAGCAGCACCCAGAGUCUCACUUUUAUCAUGUUGUUGCCACAGAUUACUCACUGAUUCUUGUGGAUGAAAGAUUCUAUAAUGUACCUGUUCUCCAGUGGAAUCAUAGCCUGUUAACACCUCCACAGUACAUGGACAUAGUGGCAUCAGUAGACCUCCAUGGAACAAAGGAGGACAUACUUCUUCUCUCCAGUCAAGAAAGUUGUGAGACCAACUGUUUCCAGUUCUCUGUAUGUCACGAUACGCAUACCCAGGACUGCCACACACCUCAGGCCACCUGCCCAAUGUGGAGAAGCUCUAAAAUCAGUGAUUUUACUUGUUUUCCUAAU